CCCGACUCCUCAAGAUAGCUCCUCGGAAGUCCGUCCGGGUAGCUGUCUGUCUCACGUGAUGGAACCUGAAUUUCACCCUGCCCACUCAAAACCGCUCUGACCACGGACGUAUAGCUGAGACAACGGUUGUCCCUACAAACAGCGAUCCCGGCCCCCAAAACCAAGACGUUGCCUGGCCCCAGACAGGUCAAUCCCGCCGCCCAUGAGCCACUUCCUCACCAAUCUCCACUUCACAUUCGCCUCCCUCAUCCACGACCAGCUCUUCGCCGGCCUCCGCACCCCGCAGAUCCCGCUCACCGGGCGCACGUACCUCCUCACGGGUGCCGCGUCCCCGCUCGUCGUCGCUGCCGCCGUGCACCUCGCGCGCCUCAAGCCUGCGCGCAUUGUCUUGGGCCACCCCGCCUCUGGCCUCGCCUCCGCCUCCGCAACCGAGGCCGAGACGCACGAGCGGCUGGCGUCACGGAUAAGGAGGGAGGCGGGGGACGGCUUCACGGGCGAGCUCGACGUGUGGGCGCUCGACAUGGCCGACUACGAUAGUGUGCUGCGGUUCGCGGAGCGCGCGCGCGCUACUUUACUGCGCCUGGAUGGGGUCAUACUCGGGGAAGACUGCUGGUACGAUGUGGCGCGGGAAUGGCGGACGACGCAGCAUGGCUGGGAACGCUGCAAAUAAAUGUCGUCUCCACCGCGCUCCUGGGUCUUCUCCUUCUGCCUUUACUUCAUAAGACGGGGAAGCUCGGGCUGCCCCAUCCCGACGCACCAGACUUUCCGCCCCAUCUCACCUUUCUCGGAUCUGCCGACCCGUUCUACGUCGCUUUUAGAGCUGACAAUGCGCCGAGGAUACUCGACGCCCUCAACGAAUCUUCAACGCAUAUAGACCGAUACGGCAUGACCAAAUUGGUGCUUCUUAUGCUCGCGCGCCAGAUGGGACAGUUGCCCAUCGCCCACAAAGUCGUCAUCAAUUGUGCCAAUCCCGGGAUUGUGAGGACACAGAAGAGCCGCCUAUGCGUGAGCUGCACAAAUCUCCUCGCCUGGUCGCCCGAAGACGGCGCGACGAACCUCGUCUACGCCGUUCUGAAGCCGACGCCCCCGGGAGCAUAUCUCGCCGCCUGUCAAAUCCGCGACCCCCCGAUGUGGGUCAGCAGUCUGGACGGCCAACAGGCACAGCAGCGCGUCUGGUGGGAGCUGCUCGACGUCUGGAUGCGGAUCACACCGGAAGCGUUGGGGGUCGUCGGAUUCGGCCUCAAGGGCGUACAAUCUUGAUUUCAAUUGUCAAUUCCAGCCGCUACAAUGAUCCUGCUUUAACCAUGCCGCGGAUGACGUCUACGAUAUGCUGCACUGUGCUGCCAAUCAUGCCGUCCAAUUCAGCAAUGCUUGGUUUCGGUUGGUCGUCGGGAAUGCCUGGGACUGCAUGCGACCGGUCAGCGGAGGGCUAUGCCGAGUGACGUUUCGAAGGCUUACUUCCGUUUGCAAACGCCAAGGUCAGCAGCAGUUCGCCCUCAGGUCCGUACGAUACGAUGUUGGUGACUCGCAUGCCAGAGGCCAUCCGGAAGUAGAUCUGCCCGUCGUGAGAGGCUAAUCAUGGCACGAAAGAGCAUAUUGCUCACGAUCGCUGGGCGAUAUGCUAUGAUCUCUUCUCUGACAGGCUCGGACAAGGCGCCGAUUAUCACCUCUCUGACCACCUGCACGAAGUUUCUAAGCAUAAGCACAAUGCGCGUAAUGCAGCGCCGAACGCACCCUGUCUCCGUCGUCAACGACGACUUUGCUGGACGUAAUCAUCGGGAGAAAGGCCUGUCGAGUCCGGCUCAAACAAACAUGCCGGUCACAUCUGCCCUGCCACACACCUCGGGAUUCCUGACCUUGCGCUCUAAGCCUGCCCAGAGCUGUUCCUCCGUGAUCACAGGCAAUGUCCCAGGAGCAUUAACACGGCGAGUAGCGGCGGUCGAGUGUGACAUUCAAGGAUGCUACAACGAUUGUGCCAACAGGAGGAGGAGGCCUUAUAUCAAUGGAAGAUUGAGGAUGACCAAGCCAGCAUGUCAGAUGGCAGCCAGACGGGCGUUCCGCUGGCCAUUGGAUUUGAGGUGGAGCGCAUGCAUUUGAAAUGCGCUGGGAUAGUGAUUCGGGGUUCGCGGAGUCAGCUCGAGGGCCUCAUCCUACCGAGAUCGAUAGGAGAGUGGGCACGAUUCAAAUGGGAGGACUCUUCUUGAUAGAAACAUGAUGACCCAGAGGAUUUA